AUGGAUUGUCAACCACUUCUUAACGAGGAGGCCACCUCCUUCAAGCCGCAGAGAGAUACAAAAAGCAUUGGGGGCUUUUGUGAUCAAUACUCGCUACGUCGACACAAACAUGAAGACAAGGCAGACCAGGGCAGUAUCCGGCUGAGACACGAUUGGCAGACAUACAUUGGCCCGAUCGAACGCUGGGGGAGCUGUAAUCCAUUCGAAGGGAAUUUUGGGUCGCUGGUAAUGCCGAUGUGCAAACCCGAUCGACUCGCGCUGGUCUGCUAUAUCUUCGAAUACGCAUUUCUCUACGACAACGUACUUGAAUCGGUGUCAAAAGCGCAGCUAGACUCUGGAACAGAAAAUCUCGUUUUGAACGAAACGGACUACCGCACCGUGCGAUCGGCAACCGGCACCAAACAAAUACAAUCGAAAAUGCUGUUAGAGCUUCUGGCAAUCGACAAGCCCUGCGCCGAAGUGUUCAUUCAGUCCUGGAAGGAAAUGGUUGCUACGACUGCAUCUCGGGACAAGUCGUGCUUGUUCACUACGCUGGACGACUAUGUUGACUAUCGAAUUAUUGAUACCGGUGCACCCUUCGUUUCCAAACUCAUGUGCUUUGGCAUGGGUAUUCUUCUCACUGAAGAGGAAUGGGAGAUGGCCGCUCCAAUAACCAGGUCUUGCUUCGCGGCACUUGGACUAGUGAAUGAUUAUUUUUCAUUUGACGUCGAGUGGGACGAGUAUCAAAGAGAGGAUAAAUGCCAAAGCAAUACGGCGAUGACAAACCUUGUCUGGCUCUAUAUGCAGUGGGACAGUCUUUCAAUACCCCAGGCAAAGGAAAAAACAAGAGAAACGGUUCGUCGGUAUGAAGCUGAAUACUACGAGAAGACGCCCAAGCCCAAGCCCAAGAAAAAAAAGCAAGACACCCAGGGAAACUCUGGACCCACUAAAUCACUCGACGAUCAAGAGAACCAUGUUCUUGAUUUCUCUGAGAACACUGACUCCGAAAUCAGCCGGGCAUCUUCGGGUGGUACGCCCGAAUCGAGUCUGUCAAGCGCCUCUUCGGUGCAGUCUGAUGAUGACUCGAUUGAUUUAUCUAAAUUUGAAAGUCGGGCCAUUCUUGGUGACGAGCCUUUGCAAGCUCCUUUCAAAUACAUCACCUCUCUUCCUUCAAAGGGGGUCCGUGAGGCUCUAAUUGACGCCCUUAAUGUCUGGCUUGUGCUGCCAGACUCGAUUGUGCAAACCAUCAAAAUCAUCGCCCAGAAGCUUCACAGUUCAUCUCUCAUGCUGGAUGACAUUGAAGAUUCUUCAGAUCUUCGACGUGGCCACCCUGCAACCCAUACAGUAUUCGGAGCGCCUUCCACAAUCAACAGUGCCAACUUCUUGCUCAUCGAUGUCAUGAAUGACAUUCAAAAAUUGAAUAGUCCGCGCUCCAUGGGAAUCGUUAUAGAGGAACUCCGCAAUCUAUUCAUUGGACAAAGCUUUGAUUUGCACUGGACACGACAAGGCGAGUGCCCAUCCGAGGCAGAGUAUCUUGAAAUGAUAAACCAGAAAACCGGCGGUCUAUUUCGAUUACUCGCACGCUUAAUGAAUGAAUGCGCAUACGACCUGCAUGAGAAAACAAUUCCAUUGGAUCUCAUCACCGUCCUCGGACAAUAUUUUCAGAUCAGAGAUGACUAUAAGAACUUGACUGACGAUGCGUAUACCACCGGGAAGGGUUUCUGCGAAGACCUUGACGAAGGCAAAUUCUCGUUCCCGCUCGUUCAUGCUUGGAAUUCUGACCCACAAGAUCUCAUAAUGCGGGGCAUUUUGAAGUCAGGAAGGUCCUCGGCCUCGUUGUCUAUUCCACACAAAAAGACUAUCAUGGCACAAUUGGACAAACACGGAAGCUUACAAUACACAUUGCGAACCUUGAAGGGCCUGGAGAAGGGUAUUCAUGAGGAACUAGGGCGCGUCGAGCGGCACUCCCGUUGCGAGAAUUGGGUUAUGAGACUAUUAAUUCAGAAGUUGAUAGUUUAG